CUCAAAGUUCAGUUUCCAGUUGUAAAUACAUUUCAUUCUACUGUCAGUUUAAAGAAAUAAUACAACUGUUAUAUGUGUGAAAACACAGUUACAGCUGUCUGUAAUUCACAUAAUAUGUUUCUGUGUUUCCUACAGAUUUUCAACAGGUGGUUCUGGUUAAAGAAGAAGCUUCAGAAGAACAGAGUGCUCGUGUCAACCACCAGCACCUAGAUUUUCUCCACAAAAAGGAGGAACAGGAGAAACUCUGGUCUAGUAUGGAGGGAGAGCAUCUCCAUUUGAAUAAGGAGACUGAUGCUGCCAGGUUUCAAUCCUUUAGCCAAAAAACACAUUUAAACAAACACACGAGAGUCCAGACAAAUCAGAAACAUUUUGCCUGUGAGCUUUGUGGACAAAGGUUUCACCAAAAGACUAAUUUAACCACACACAUGAGCGUCCACACAGAAGAGAAGCCCUUUCCUUGUGAGCUCUGUGGAACGAGAUUUAGCCGAAAGACACUUUUAAACAAUCACAUGAGAGUCCACACUGGAGAGAAGCCUUUCGCCUGUGAGCUCUGUGGUAAUAGAUUUAGUGAAAAGGGAAGUUUAAACACACACAUGAGAGUCCACACUGGAGAGAAGCCUUUUGCCUGUGAGCUCUGUGGAACGAGAUUUAGCCGAAAGACACUUUUAAACGUUCACAUGAGAGUCCACACUGGAGAGAAGCCUUUCGCCUGUGAGCUCUGUGGUAAUAGAUUUAGUGAAAAGGGAAGUUUAAACACACACAUGAGAGUCCACACUGGAGAGAAGCCCUUUCCUUGUGAGCUUUGUGGAAAGACAUUUAGCUUAAAGUCAACUUUAAACAAACACAUGAGAGUCCACACAGGUUGGAAGCCUUUUGCCUGUGAGCUAUGUGGACAAAGAUUUAGCCAAAAAGGGUCUUUAGAUGAACACAUGAGAGUCCACACAGGACAGAAGCCCUUUCCUUGUGAGCUCUGUGGAACGAGAUUUAGCGUAAAGACAAAUUUAAACAGUCACAUGAGAGUCCACACAGGACAGAAGCCCUUUCCUUGUGAGCUCUGUGGAACAAGAUUUAGCCUAAAGAAAAAUUUAAACAGUCACAUGAGAGUCCACACAGGACAGAAGCCCUUUACUUGUGAGCUCUGUGUAAAAAGAUUUAGCCAAAAGACAAAUUUAAACAAACACAUGAGAGUCCACACUGGCUUUUCACCUGUGAGUUCGGUGGAAAAGUUUUACCCAAAAGAUCAGUUUAAACGGUCACAGAAGAGUCCAUAAAGGACAGAAGCCUUUUGCUUGUGAGCUCCGUGGACGAAGACUUAGCUGAAAGAAAACUUUAAACAAUCAUCUAAGUAUCCACUAGGGCUGAAUGAUCUAUUGCAGGGGUCUCCAACCUUUUUUGGCCCGUGAGCUACUUUUACACAAUGAAGUACAGCAGAGUUACUGCCAUAUGAUUUAUUUACAUUGAUACUUUCCAUGUGUGAAUGUGCUUAUGUUAAACAUGCUAUACUUACUAUAUUAACAUGCAUUGUACUCACAAGUUGAUUUCUCUGUAUUUCAGUACAUCAGUAUAUAUUUUUUAAAAGUAUCAGUAAACUAGUGACAUUCUGAAAACCAAAUUAAACAAAACAUAUUUAGUUUUUUAAACUAAUCAGAUACUUUCAGAUAAUGAAUAACAAAUCUACUUCAUGUGAAUGAUUUGGUAAUUUUUUAGAAGGUUAGUAACAUAACUUUUUAAGCGCACAGGAACAGCUAACCUGUAAAGCUGAUAUUUUAUAUAAAAUACAAGCCAAAUGUGAUGAAAACACAAAAGUCUAAAUAGUUUGAAUUGAAGUAAAAAAUGAAAAAUCAGAAUUAAGACUUGUUCCUGCUCUCCUGAUGUACUGAAUAAUUUUUAUGGGUUUUUUUGGUGAUGAAAGUUAAGUUUUGCUGUGUUUAUUGCUGCCAAUAUGAAGGUUGGAGGUUUAUCCUUUUUUUCUGCAUCUUGUAGGUUUUUUUCUCCGCAGGUCUGAAGGCUGUGCGUUACACAGAGCAGAGAGACGGACAGAGACGGAGAGCAAGAGACCAGAACCAAUAGAAAAGAUCACAUCACACCAAUCUUAAAAUAUUUACAUUGGCUUUCAGUAACUUACAGGAUUGAUUUCAAAGACCAUUUACUUACUUUUAAAUCAUUAAAUGGCCAACGACCUCUGUAUAUAGCAGAGAUGUUUGAAACGUUUCACCCUUCAAAAUCACUUAGAUCAGCAGAUAAAUCCCAACUGGUACAACCCAGAGCCCGCACCAAGCACGGAGAGGCUGCCUGUAGCUGCUAUGCGAUCCGUCUCUGGAACUGUCUUCCAAUAGACAUUAAGACCUCUCCCACCAUUUCCAUUUUUAAAACCAGAUUAAAAAUGAACUUUUUCAUGAUGCCUUCCAUUAACCUAUCCUUGCAUCUGCGCUCUACUAGGUCUUUAUCUGUACUGUGUUGAAUUUCUUCUAUAUGUAUUUUAUAUGUAUACCUAUUCUGUGCUGUUUUAUUGUGUAUUAUUGUGUAAUUAAGUGAAUACUUGUAAUAAAGUGUAGUUACUGUGUAAAGCAGUAUUUACUAGGAAUGAUUAAUAAAGAUAAAAACUAGAAUUGAACCUGAGUUGCAUGGUAAUAACAGUUUAAGUACUCAGAAACAAUACACUAAGGAAUUACCAUGUAAGUACUAAGUAAUUGGACUGUAAGAGAAUGCGCUACCAAUAAUUGUACUUAAUAUGCUUUUAUUUUUGUGUGCCAUGUUCUGUGUCAAUAUUCUUUGAUUUUAUUUUACACAACAUGAUGUGACAUUUUAACUAUUUCAUUUCACUUGUGAUUAUUUUAACUAUGUGAAGCACAUUGGGCUACCGUUUUGUGUAUGAAAUGGGCUAUAUAAUAAACUUGACUUGAGAGAGAGUUCACAA